AUGAUAUACAACGUGGACGUACACAUAUGCUUCUCUUUCCUACUCACUCAGGGGUUCCGAAUGCUCGAACACCGGGCGAAGCACAAAGGACUCAAGAACUUUAGAAUCAUGCGUGUGUGCUUGGGCGACCUCUCCCGGCUCAUCGUAUCUGGCGGAGGCCAUAGACUGACGCUAAGAGACCGGUUAGAGCGAAGGAAAGAGGCGGAUAUCAUGCUGGAUGCACGCGCGUUCUUGAUCCACAAGAUUCUCAA